AACACAUUGCCGUCACGUCGCCGUCACUGCGCGCGCCGUGCGCCGACUUGCUCUUGGCCGUGUCACCGUCGCCGUCGUUGUCGUACAACCGUCGUCGUCGUCGUCUGGUCGCCGCGCGCGCUUUUUACCGCUCUUGGCGAGUGCAGUAUUAUAAUAUUAUACCUGUGUGAUAAUAGUAAUAAUAAUAAUAUUAUACCCGUGUGUUAUAAUAAUAAUAUUAUACAAAAAUAAUAAAAUACAAAUAGAUAUUAUAUAAUAAUAAUAUAUUAUUAUUUUAAUAUAAUAGUGUAUAAUAUAAUAUAAUAAUAUCUCAUUAUUGUUAUUAUUAUUUAAUAUUUUUCGUCGUCGUUGUUGUUAUUAUAUUGUUUUUGUUUUUGUCGUGGUCGUCGAUUAUUGUACCUAUAUCAGUUGUUUUUUUCGCGUUUCGUCGUCGGCUUAUCUUUCGGUAUUUUAUCGAAAUUUUGGCGGCCGAGUUGCGAAGUACCCGUCAAAACAAAAAAACGAAAAAAAAUAAAAAAAAUAACGAUUUCACGCGUUCAAACGGUUCCCCGCGAGACCGAGUGCCGGCCGACGAUAUCACAUGUAACACAGUUUUGCGAUAUACACGUAUAGAGUUAUUAUUUAAUUUUUUCAAUCAUUAGAAAUUAAUUUUUUAUACGUUUUACGUUUUUUUUUCCUACCCGCCGAGUGUGCCUAUAUAUGACGCAUAGGUUUGACCGCGCGACGGAAGAAAAAACACUCUCGAAUAAGGCGACAAGAUUGUACAGCGCAAGAAAAACAUUAUUACGAACUUUUCGAAAAGCCGUUAGAUGUUUGAGCGCGCCGGUAUCGUAUAAUACCAUACGCACAAUUUCACAAGACUACACUAUUACAGUCUGGUCCGCAGGCAACGUUCAUCGCGCCGUCCCUCAGGAUACCGCAGGAUCGCCGUUUCUGCGCAUCGUUUUACUCUAACAUUAUUACAUGAUGGACGCCUCUCUACUGGCAUCAGCCACCACGACGGCCGCCGCGCACACGAUCGCCGUGGCCACGUCGACGACCGUGGCCUCCACGAUAGUCCGGAGCGGCCAGCGGAACGGCACGCACCGCGGGGCCGUCAACGUGCACGGCCGGCUCAUGUACGACGAGAUCGUCAUCAACGACGUCUGGAUCAACGCCAUCCUGUCCACGCUGGCCCUGUCGUGCGCCGCGUGCGUGUGCCUGUGCUUUUUGUACUGCAAAAUCCAACAGUGGAAACACGGAGUCCAGCGGAGGAGGAACGAAAAGAACUCGCGAAAGCACGACGCCGACUCGCUGCCCAGCUACACGAUCGUCACGGGACUGCCCACGUACGACGAGGCGGUGGAGCGCAUGAGGGGCGGCUUCAGCUACGGCGGCGCGGCGCCCGUCCGCGACAACAAGCCGCCGUCCAAGCAGCACGCGCCCGUCACCGUGUCCGUGGUGUGCGUCAGCGACCCGACGCCGCCCAAGCCCGACCCCAAGUUCGGGCUGGUGUCGCACAGCCUGUUCGUGCACGACGACGGGUGCAGCCACUGCCUGUCCGUCCAGGAGCUGUUGGAGACGUACAACGUGCGAUAGGGGCCGCGCGCCCGUCCGCCACCCCGCCCUCCGCCCAACACACGCACCCCGCCACCCCUCUCGCCCGCCGAGACGCCGCCCGGUGUGAUAAUUUAUUUUAAUAUAUUAUACCUAACGAUAUUAUAUUAUUAUAUCGAUGUAGAGCUGCGUUGUCGCGCGCGUCAUAUAUUAUAAUAUUAUAAUAUUGUCGUUAUGACCCGCGACGAGGCGCGUUCGUGCAGUGUGCGCAUAGGAUAUUAGCCGUCGUGUCCAGACCUGCGCGUGUAUGUGCCGCGAUAAUUAGAGACGUGAUGGACCCAAAACCGCCCCAGAAAAAUAUAAUAUUAUUAUUAUCGUUUAUUUAUAUUAUUUAUUUGGUACCGAACACCCGUAUACACCUGUUUCGCGUAUACAAUACAACGCCUAUAAUAUGUGAACAACAUUAAUAUCAAUUGCAGUGAUACCGCGAAAGACGUACCGCCACCGCCGAUUGCCCGCGUCGAACGAUAGAAUUGAACGCGACUGCAUCACGUCAUAAUAAUAUUAUCGUAGACGCGAGUUCGAUGUACGCAUUUCCGUCGGGAGCGCGCACAGAUGAGAAGAGAACUCGAUGUACGUCGUUUUUGAAACUAAAAAAUAUAUGUUAUUAGUCGCGACGAUAAAAAAAAAUAGCCUGUUUUCAAACAAACCGUAUAAAUGUUGUGUUAUCACUCCGUCGCUGUAUAAUAAUAUGCUCGUGUUUCAUAAAAUUCCGCCAACACCCUUUAUUGUAGAUGUAGUAUAAAUGUCAUUGAAUUUGUCGGUAUAAUAUAUAUAUAUAUACGUAUUCGUGUUGUAUAUAAACAACGAACGAUGUGUUCAAACGGCGGCGGUCGUUGGUUGAUCUAUCGACGAUUUUAAAACAGUUUUUUAAAUUUCAUAAAUGGCGGAAAAAAUAUUUCAAUAAUAGUUACCCGUCAAAUAAUCGAAAAAACAUGAUAUAUCAAGAACAUUCCCUGUAUAUAUAGUGCACAAUGUAGUUAUUGAAAAGUCAUAUUAUAACAUAAUAUUAUGUCACGCGUCAGCUGUGACACCAAUUAUAUUGUAAUAUUGUAUUUCAGUUUUUUCAGCUCGUCAUCGGAUCCUAUAAUAUGCAAAUCAAUAUUAUCAAUGCUUAUAGUGGUUUAAGUUAUUAUAUACAUAUACUAUGAUAAUGUACGAAAACGAUCGUUACGUGUAUUUUUACAGAGUUAACUUAGGUCACCUUAUUAGCUCAUUUGGCGGCGGCUUGGCUUGAAUCUUGCAGUUCCGCCUCAUUACUACGAUACUCAGUUACUACAUAACAUGUAUAGAUAAGUGACACGACUAGGUGGUUAAAUCAUAUAUAGGUCUACGACUAAUACGCGUCUCCUACUACACUUCGCUGUUUCAGAUUUCCUAUACGUUUCCGAUAUUAUAUACGAAACAACCCCAUAUUAAGCAAAAAUAGGGGCAAUUAAAGUGGCUAAGCCGUUAAAAAUUUGCUUAGCUUUUUCCACCCUAAAAAUAAAUAAACUGCAUUAAAAAAUUCUCGAUUUUAUAAAACAUAUAAAUAGGUUUAAGUGAAUUAAAGUGGACAUCAUAACUUGUUAUUAUAAUACAAGUUAUAUACCUAAUAGCGCGCGUGUAAAAAUUUAAUUCAUAGCGUCUUAUCGCUAUAGAGAAAAAACCAAUACAACCAAUAUUUCGAAUUCUAUUAUACUAUAACAAAUAGAUACCUAAUUUAUUGUUAUAUAAAAAAAAAAAUGAAAAUUGAUCGCAAACUAAGUAUAUUACCAAUAGUUUUUAAAUGUUGACAAGAAAAUAAAAAAUAAAAAAUUGUGUAUCAAUAUACGAGUGCGCGACACACGCGUCGUGCUAACGAUAAUUAAAUAAACUUAUAAACAGUCAUCGUGAUCUACAAGCCCAUUUAAGAUAAAAUCUUAUUUUAUACAUAAUACCUCGCUAUGCACUAUACUUUAAGUAGGAAUUUUUUUUUCGAGAGAGAAAUAUAGAGUAGAGGAAUAUUAAGUCCGACGAAAAUUCCAUGUGAGCAAAUAAUACGCGUACCCAUAAUUUGUACAUAUAUAAUAAUAUUUAAAAUCAAAUAUUUUAUAGGUACGAUUAAAUUACCGUCAAACAUUUAAGAUUGUUGAAAAUCCCUCUCCCCCCCCAACAUGUAUAUAUACGUAUAAUAGCGUUAAUGGCCAACGAGCUCUGCCGGUGUCGCCGGUGUCGUACUUUUCUCUCGCCCCGCACGUCAAAAAUCUGCUGUACACCGCGGAUACCUCCACCGUAUAUAGAAGGGGUUCGACUAAUGCCAUACGCGUAAUAUCAUAAUGCACCGCAAUAAUAUACGCGCCAUAUUAUAUUAUAAUAGUAUAUAUUAUAUAGCACGUACGAACCGCUAAGAUAUUACACACACCAAUACACGCGCGCGUAAAGCAUGUGCGGCAGUCCUAUGUUAUUUAGGUAUAUAUAAUAAUAUCAUAUUACGCUCUCCUCGAAAAGCCUUUGUGGCGCGCGACUUCCGCCGUUACGCUUACGACUUUGACUUUGUGUUGUGUUUUUUGUUGUUGUUGUUUUCUGUCGUCGGCGUAAUACGUAUAAUACGAGUGUGCACUGUGCGACGUACUUGAUUAUCGACCGCCACGAGACUCGUACUCGAUUUGACAACAUCAUAUUAUCGAAUACAAUAUAUAAUUUCAAUAUUACAUAUUAUUAUGAUAGUAUAUAUGGCACAGUCGCGUAGUCGCGCAAAAGAUAUAUCAUAAUAAUAAUAUAUGUUUUGUGUUAUUCGAAAACGGUUGUUUUGCUCGUGUCCAAACCGUUCGAGUCGGUUACGUCGCCUUAAAUAUAAAAACAAAAAUAUAGUGAUUAGCUAUAAAAAAAAACAAUUACUACCAAUAUAGAAAUAACAACACUAAAUUAUUUAAAACGAUCUUCCCCCCGAUCAAUUAACAAAUAACAUUUUUUUUGCCUUUAAUUUUUGAUUAAUUUUACGGGUUGAGUCACACUUAUUCUUCUCGACUUCUCGAGUCGCGCUCAGUACAGAAAAAAAUGUAAUUUUCGCAUUCGGCCUUAAAAAAUGUAACGUUCCAAUUACUGCUCUCCAGAAAUCCUUCCACGACGUGUACAGCACCACUUAACACCUCAUUUACAUGCUUUAUUUAUUUAUAAAACGUAUAAUUUUCGUAUACAACUAAAUCACAGGCACGUUCACUUUUAUAACGAUUCUUAAAUUACCUGACGGAGACUUUAUAGAGUUUACAGACAUGCAUGAUAUUAUAUAAUAUGAUGUAUAAAUACAUAAAAUAUUCGAUUCAAAUUCAAAUUAAUAUUUACAAGUUGAUGAAAUGAUCAGAUCGAGAACAAUUAUUAUACGAACGUCACUAUUUUUGAAGCCGAUUGUGAGUAGAACAUUUUUUGUUUAGGUGAGGAGUUGAGCAGUUCAACUACCCCAAAUUUGACAUUUUACAUGCUCCGGGGGAGGGUCGGAGCCGAAGCCCACCCCCUUUGACGCGUCACUGAAAUAGGUUAGUGUUUGGUGUUAUCUGCGGUUUCUGUUGCAAUCGUAAACGAUAAACGAUAGAUUUAGCAAUGCAGUUUGCUCACGUAAUAUUAUAUUAAUAUAACACUGUUUGAUAUUAGUCUACCUAUGUAUAUAAUAAUAUAUUUAUUGUACCCUACACGGCGUUUUAAGAUUGUGAGAAUUCGUUCACGUCGGUUUUACGAGUUCAAAUUAAAUAACGCACACCGCCGUUGACGUUUCAAAAUUUUCGUCUUUUGGUCGAAUCGCCGCCCAAAAUCAUUUAGAUAGUCGCUUAUCGUUAUAAUAAACAUAUUACGAUAUUAUGUCUAAUAUAUAGCUUAUAGUGUAAAAUUAUUGUAUUUAUUUAAUUAUUAUAUUAUUGUUUUUUUUUUUUGACUGCCAUCAUGUAAACUAUUAUAUGAAUAUAUUUAUUAUUAUUAUUAUAUGUAAUAUGUAUUUAAUGUCAGCCGAUAGAAUUUCACUUUUAACUAGUUAUAAUAAUAUAAAGUCAUUUGAUUAAGAGCCAGACGUGUGUUUCAUUUUUAAAUUAUUAUAUGAAUAAAUAUUAUAAACAAAA